AUGCACCCAAGAUGGAGAAGUCUGACUCUCCACUGCUCUACCCGGCGUCUCUGUUGUACACUUCUUCCAUUUGUCAUUCAGCAUUACCGCUCUUUUCCCUCACGCGAAUUCCAUUCUGGUGCGUCACGAUGGCAAGACGGCCGUGUUCCACUUCGCAAGAAACUGAAAGAUGCUGCAAAGGCCGCAAAAACGGCUUCAGAAGCUCCAAGUCCUAGGAGCGCGGAUAUUCUAGACGACUGGGAACUGACGGUUGGCAUCGAAAUCCAUGCCCAGCUCAAUGCCCCCAGAAAGCUCUUCUCAUCCGCCGUUACGGCUCCAAGCACCGAGCCGAAUUCUCAGGUCUCUGCCUUUGAUAUUGCCUUGCCGGGCAGUCAGCCGGUUUUUCAACGCGCCGUCGUUCUGCCCGCACUUCGCGCGGCAUUGGCUUUAGGAUGUACCAUAGAACAAAUCAGUCACUUCGAUCGAAAACAUUACUUCUAUCACGAUCAACCCGCUGGAUAUCAAAUUACUCAAUACUACCAUCCUUUCGCCAGAAAUGGAGCAAUUGUGCUCAAUGAAAAUGAUGGACUUGAACAAGGUCGAACAGUCACGGUGGGGAUCAAACAGGUGCAAUUGGAACAAGACACGGCUCGAACUCAGGAGCAGGACAGCACUACCGUGUUGAUGGACUUUAACCGUUGUGGUCAAGCCUUGAUUGAGAUCAUUUCACUACCAAAUCUACAUUCUCCACGAGAUGCUGCGGCCUAUGUUCGAAAAGUCCAGGCAAUCUUGUAUGCGGUCGAUGCUGUCACCACGGGAAUGGAACAAGGUGGUCUCCGGGCAGAUGUGAACGUUUCUGUUCGUCGUCGAGGCGAGGCCGGGGGAGGUUCCGCUUACGGUGGCGUGACUGGGCUGGGUCAACGGACCGAAAUCAAGAACCUCAGUACGUUCAAGGGGAUUGAAGAUGCAAUCAGGGCAGAAAGAGAUCGCCAAAUCAAGGUUCUUGAGAGUGGUGGAACGGUAGAGGGAGAGACUCGCGGAUGGUCCCUCACAAUGCCCAGUGAGACUCGAAGACUUCGAGGCAAAGAGGGCGAAGUCGAUUACAGAUAUAUGCCGGAUCCGGACAUUGCGCCACUCCACAUUGACUUGGGUUUGGUCGAGUGGGUCAAGACGAGAUUACCGCCUACCCCGGAUGAACUGAUCAAUAUGUUGGAAAUGCAAUACGGGGUUUCGACCGCCGACGCGAGAACGUUGACAUCCCUUGAUGACGGCGACCGGCUGAUAUAUUUUCAAGAAGUUGUUGACGAAUUGAUAAGUCUCAGUAUACAAACCGGCACACCCAGCGACUUUGGACAAAUUGCUGCAAACUGGGUCUUGCAUGAGUUGGGAGCUCUAUUCGCCACUGACGAGAGUUCCUGGUCCAAUUGGCUUGUUUCUUCACGAGCAUUGGCCGAUCUUAUCUACCGAUUACGAGCGAAUGAGAUCACUGGCGCCUCUGCCAAACAUAUACUCAAACUUUUAUACCACGGCGACAAGCGAAAACUAGCCGAGAUUAUUAGAGAAGAGGAUCUGAGUUAUUCGGAGAUGACCUCGGACGUUUACGAGGCAAUUGCGAAGGAGAUCAUCGAGAAAUUCCCUCAACAUGUCAAAGAUAUUGUGGAGAAAGGGAAGGUCGGAAAGAUUCAAUUCCUGAUGGGACAAAUGAUGAGACAUGAACGGAAAAGCGAUAUGCGAGCUCCAGAAGCGGAGAAAGCACUUCAUCGAUUGUUACUUGGGAACGAAUGA